AUGUCUUCUUUCGAGCCUUCCCUAUCGACUAGCGGCAUGCGACCUCCCCUUGCCUCAGCAGAUGCCCCGUCUAUGGCGGACUCACUCCCCAAUAUCAACUUUGGGUUUGAGGAUCUGCGCAACCGCAUGGCUCAGUUCACUGCCAAAUUCGACGCAUUCAUCGAACGAGGGCGUAAACAAGUCUUGGAAGAGAGAAAUCAGUUUCACAUCAACCUCGCUGAGUUACAAGAGGACGAGCGAAUGCGACAACGCGAUAUUGAGAUCGUCACUUUGAAAUCCCAAACUCACGAGCAGACUCUCCAAAAGGAAGCAGCUGAGGCAGCUGAGAUGCAUGCAGCUAUCUCAUCCAUCACUUUGGAACGCGACGCACGUCUUGCUAAGCGCGAUCGUCUCAAGCAGCAGAUUGCCGCAACACAACAGGCCAUCAACCAGAAAUUAGAGGCACAGAAAACUCAUGCAAAGCAUCUGGAUGCGCAGUCUAGGCUCAACUUUCCUGAAUUGGAAUUUUGGCAAGACUAUCUGUGUUUAAGGAUCGAGGGGGCAGGGCGCGAGGAUCGGUUGAAAUUCAUCUACAGCCAUAUUCUCGAAAAGGACUGGGAGGCUGAAGCUUGGUUUGAACUAGGUACCGCCAGUCGCGACUACGAAGUGUCUCGCACGAAGCCCAAGGUGAAUCCGGAGGCUUUGGAGCGCGUGGUUGAUUUAGUUAACGAUGAUCGAGACUUCGGGGCCUUCCUUAAGCGAAUGCGCAAGUUGUUUGUAGAGACAAUGAAUUGA